AUGCCAUCUUCCGAUUCCUCGGACAAUCCUCCAGUCCUACCGAUACAUUCAUCUGAUCAACAAGAUUCGCAAAGGGUGAACAUUCCAUCCGAGUUUGAGCACGGGCAAGCACUUGACUCAGGUUCUGGCUCAACCAUCCAUCCUUUGAAUCAUCCCAAUACCACUGAAUCAUCGUACCCACCUAAAUCAGAAUCGGAUAGUCAGACUCGUUACAAUGAUGCGAUCCAAGAAACAAGGACAAGAGGGGGAAGAAAGAGACAGGCAACUAUCUCAUCAUCACCAUUAACCACAACAGCAUUAGGAGAUUUAAGUAUCAAUCAUCCUUCAAACUCACAAACAGUAGGAAGGAGGAGAGCUCAUACCAUAGGUGUAUCAUUACGUCCUAACACAAAAAGACAACCAUCUCAGAUGAAGAAUUUCACAGAUGAUGAGGGGUCUGAUACAUUGACCCCAUUAAAUAAUACUAUGAGGAAUAAAAACGAUUUGGAAUCUGGUAUGGGAAUGAGAAUGGGAAGAGAAAGAUCAAGUUCAAAUGCAAGUAGGAGAAGUACAGGUGCAAACUCCAAUGGUAGAAGAUCAUCUACUCCAGUAGAAUUUGAGCUGGGUCAAGAUCAUGGUCAAUUAGAUGAUGAAAUGAUUGGUCUAUUAGAUGUCAUCGAUCCCCAGGUUGCCACUGUGAAUCACCUUCAGAACAUGACCAACUCGGUUCUAAUUCCUCAUUUACCUGCUUUGUGGAGUAGAAGACCUGAAGUUCAAUUACCACAGACAUCAAGUGAUGAAUCGUUAGCACCAUUACGACCCAACGAUUCCUCUACGACAGCUUCGACUUCGAACCGCCAGAGAUCAUCCACGAAUCGAUCAAGGACAACGUCCAUAUCAAGGUUCUUACCUGGCAGAUCUUCUGAACCAGGUAGCAGCACUCCUGGGACAGUAGAACAAUCUGAGGCUAAUUCAUGGGGACGUACAGCACCCAUCCCCAUACCCGAAAAUGAAGUCUUAAAUCAUGGAUCGGGAACGGGAACGGGAACGGGAACAUCAAAACAAGUGAUGAGACAAGAAAUGUCAGAAGAUAUAGAUGAAUUAAAACAAGAUCAUGAAUUAGAUAAACAUGUCAAGAAAAUAUUAAACGCUUCACAAAAAGCGAAAAUCAAAGAAGGGUUAAAAGGUUUAUGGGUAUUCGUUAAGACUCCAAUGGGUUUUAUUACUGCGAUAUAUGGUUUCUUGGUCGUCUUUUGGGGUGCAGCAAUCGUUCUUUUCUUGUUAAACUGGAUUCCAACGAAUAGUAAAAAUACUCAAGAUAUUUGGAUUGAAAUAAGCUCUCAGGUCGUUAAUGGUUUAUUCACAGUGACGGGUGUCGGUCUGAUUCCAUGGAGAGCAAUGGAUACAUAUCGGAUGUCUGUCAUUUGGACAUUGAAAAUCCGAGAUAAGAAUCUGAGAAAGAAACAAGGUUUACCACCUAUUGAAGAUAGCAAUGAUUUACCUGAUCCAGAAUUGAUCAAAGAUUAUGUUUUUGUGUUAUCCGAGAAAGAUCAGAAAAAUCUACGGUAUCAACAAGAAAAAUUCGCAAUCUCACAAACUUGGUAUAGAGCUCAUGCCACGGCUACGCAUAAGGCUUUCCCUAUCAAGUGGGCUUUAUGGAAUACAAUCUUGAUGGACGGGAAUUCGUUCUUUCAGUGUAUCUUAUGUGGUUGUAUGUGGGGACUGAAUCGACACCAACGACCUGCUUGGACGACUGGUUCUCUCAUUCCUCUUUCAUUCCUUUGCGGUAUAGGCGCCGCGGUAUUGAUCUGGCAAGGGUCCGCUCGAACCAAAAAAUCAGUCAGUGUUUCAGCAAAAUUACGAGAUGCUUUGAAUGUUCCAGUCGCAAUAGCUAUACCUCGAUCAAAAGACGGAACAGUCUUGAAUUCAAUCAAGAAUGAAGCUCCAGCAACUGACAUACCAUCAAAUCAAACUGAAUCCCCCCAAAAUGAGAAUCAAGCUACAGCAGCUGGAGGAAGGAGGACGACAAUCACUUUCGGUGAUGUUCCUGAUUCAAUGGGAUUCGAUGGUGAUGGGAAACGAAUGACAGAAGAUGGAAAAUCUAGAGAAAGAGGGAAGACUAUCGCUUCUCCUGAGAAAAGGUCGGUUGAUUUGGAUUUGGAUUUGGGUUUAGGGGAUGUCAUUGGGGAAAAGUGA